GCUACCCGCUCUGGCCGGCUACGGCCGCCGGGACCCGGAGUGCGGCAGGCCCGGGAGGGACGCGGCUGGCGCCGCUGUGGCAGCGGGGGGCGGGGAGGCGGCCGUGAGGAGGCGGAGCUGCGAGGCCGCCCGUCGCCGGGCCGCCGCCGCCGCCGCCGCCGCGGUGCCCGCUCCUCCCCGCGCCGUGCCGCGCCCCGCCCGCCCGGCCGCCUCGCCUCCUCCGCGGCGGGCCCCCCUCGCAGCUGCGCGGCCGGCGACACCGAGGAGGCGCGAGCCAUGGAGGGCAACCGCGACGAGGCGGAGAAAUGCGUGCAGAUCGCUCGCGAGGCCCUGAGCGCCGGCAACCGCGACAAGGCCCAGCGCUUCCUGCAGAAGGCCGAGAAGCUGUACCCGCUGCCGGCCGCGCGCGCAUUAUUGGAAAUAAUUAUGAAAAAUGGAAGCACCGCUGGAAACAGCACACAUUGCCGAAAACCUCCAGGGGGUGGGGACCAGAGCAAGCCUACCUGCACAAAGGACGGCACCCCGAGUAGUGGCGAAGGAGGAAAAGUCUACACCAAAGACCAAGUAGACGGAGUUCUCAGCAUAAACAAAUGUAAAAAUUAUUAUGAAGUUCUGGGAGUUACAAAAGAUGCUGGUGAUGAAGAUUUGAAAAAAGCUUAUAGGAAGCUUGCUUUGAAGUUUCAUCCUGACAAAAACCACGCUCCUGGAGCCACGGAUGCUUUUAAAAAGAUUGGAAAUGCUUAUGCAGUUUUAAGCAAUCCAGAGAAAAGAAAACAGUAUGACCUCACAGGCAGCGAAGACCAAGCUUGUAAUCACCAAAACAACGGCAGGUUCAAUUUCCACCGAGGCUGUGAAGCCGACAUAACUCCGGAGGACCUGUUCAAUAUCUUUUUUGGAGGUGGAUUUCCUUCAGGUAGUGUACACUCAUUUUCAAAUGGCCGGGCUGCUUACAGUCACCAACAUCAACACCGACACAGUGGCCACGAAAGAGAAGAAGAAAGAGCAGAUGGAGGGUUCUCUGUGUUCAUCCAGCUGAUGCCCAUUAUUGUGCUGAUCCUAGUGUCGUUGUUAAGCCAGUUGAUGGUCUCCAAUCCUCCUUAUUCCUUAUAUCCCAGAUCUGGAUCAGGACAAACUAUUAAAAUGCAGACAGAAAACUUGGGUGUUGUUUAUUACGUCAGUAAGGACUUUAAAAGCGAAUACAAAGGAGCACUAUUACAAAAGGUAGAAAAGAGCGUGGAGGAAGAUUAUGUGAUGAAUAUUCGAAAUAACUGUUGGAAAGAAAGACAGCAGAAAACAGAUAUGCAGUAUGCUGCUAAGGUGUACCGUGAUGAGCGGCUGCGGAGGAAGGCGGAUGCUCUAAGCAUGGACAACUGCAAAGAGCUGGAGCGGCUGACCAGUCUCUACAAGGGGGGAUAAGCCGGAAGUCCCGCCUACUCCUGCCCAUGUACUCUGUCUUUUCUGUACAUUUCAUUUCGCCGUGAAGCCGAAGAAGACUUGAUUACAGACUAAGCUGAGGAGUUGAUGGCCUACUGGCGCAUUCAGUAGUAAGAGCGGACAACUAAAUACUUUAGUAUGCUUCUGCACUUACUUUCCCUCUGAAAUCUUACAUGAUUCCUUACGAUGUCUGGAGAGGAUUAUCACACCUGUAGCAAUUGCCAGUUUUAGUGAUUCUCCAUUAUUCCUUUGCCAUGUAAAUAAUUUUACAAUCAUUUUGUGUAUAUAUGAAUGCUUGCCUUUUAUUUAAAUUAUUUUAGCGUUUAGCUCCAUGAGGCGCUCCGUUUAGGCUGAUGGAAUGAAUGUUUAUGACACAGUACCAUUUUCCAUUAGGUAUUUGGGUGUGUGGAGUUUAAACAAUGAAACUUUUUCAAAAAGAAAAGACAAAACUUUAUGUAAAAGCUUAUAACAGUGUAGAAGGAAUUGACAUUUUUAAUAUUGUUCUUAUAUUCCAGAAUAUGUAAUGAGAUAAAUGAACUGGUAUAUGCUAUCAGUAUGCUCUUUAGUUUUAUGAAUUGCUAAGCCAUACAUAGGAACAAAAUGCUAUAAGAUAGAUUUUAAAGAAAAUAUGAUGACAAAUAUUAUGCUAAAUGAGUUUUCAGUGGUAAGUUGCAGUUAUGCCAUUCACAAUUCUGGUAAUUAAAAGUUAGCCCCAAAUGUUCAUUUAUGUAUCUUUCAAGGCUACUGAAGCUUAUGAAGCAAAAGAUGAACUUUCUUCCCAUGGAAAUUCAAUUUCAUGGAUAUAACUGAAGCAGGACCCCCAAAGCAAAUGGAUUCUUCUACAAAUACGUAAUAAGAACAAAAUGACCACUAACACCCAGCUAUGUGCCUUUCCAACUGCCGCUGACUUACUGGACAGAGCACGAUCUCUUGGGCCACACGCGGCCCUGAGCAGAGGUAGAGUAGCAGCUGGAGCUGUGAUUGACUGCAAGACCUCAUCUGAGCAUUCUGAGCUGAGCUCACUUGCCCCAGGCAACUCAUCAGAUCUUUAGACUCAGCUUCUUGUAACUCAGUCUGUAAUACACGUUGGGAAACUCAGCUGGGACUUGAAGGUUUGGUGCUUUCUGGGUUUGAAAUGAUUUGUGGUCUUCUAUGUUUAAUGAUAGUGAUGGCUUCAUGGUUUCGCUUCAUACAGUUAAGGAAUUACAAACACAGUUUUGGUAGUUUGUUGUCCUGACCUAUCCCCCCCCCCCUCCACAAUCCCUUGCUCAAGAACGAGCAUGUUAGGUAGAGAGACUUUGUGGUUUUGCUUACGGAUUCUUUCCUAAAUAUUGCUGUUUUGUCAUCUGUUGGCUUGUCUUGAAAACAGUCUCUUGUGUUCUGUUGUCAGAGUCUCCAGUAGAAAGACCUGAUUGUAAUUACACACAUGGUUUUAGGUGUCUGGACAGCCCCACCAUGCCUAGAAAUGGGACCUGUAACAAGAGGAGUGCCACAAGGAAAAGGUUCCUCCUGAAGUUCUCACACCAUACAUUUACUAUAAAACUAUUAAAGCGCUGCAUGUCUAGUCAUCCUUCGUAAGAACCUUUUCCUCACCGUCAUCCAUAUUUCUGUCACUCUCUAAAGUAGAAUCUUGACUUUUCUAGCUUCUGAGGAACACCUUCAAAGGACCAUGUACCACAGUGGCUGCCUCUACCUCUUCAGUAUGUGUCUGUCCAUGGGUUCUUCCCCAUGUGCUCACGAAGGCCGAGGGCUUGACGUAGGAAUCACUGCUCUUUGCUUGUGAUAAACUGGGGUUGAGUUUUACACUAAUGUCACAUUCACAAUUCCAGGGCACUCUGGGCCUUGUUCUCAGAGCCUUCCAAGUUCUCCUCUGCUUCCUUCAGCAAGCUUCCUGUCUGACGAUUAGCCUGAAUUAGAGUUGUUUAGUUCAUGUGAAUGGUUCCCAACGUUGCAUGCCUCUAAACAUAGCUGUUUGUAUUUUUCUACUUCUUUUUCAUCCAAAUCUUCUUCAGCUCUCAUUUCAGCGUUCAGUUUGCAGAUUUCUGAAUUGCAUCAAACCGUUAUUAUUCCUUUAAUUUCUUUGUAUUUCAUCAGCUGUUGAUCUUGUUCUCUGGAAAGAAGAUGAUAAGACUUAGUGCUUCUCUUCCCAGAGUCCUCUGGUCCUUGAGGAGGCUGCCAUGCUGCUUUUGUGAUGCUUUUCGUGCUUGCUCAUUGCGUCACUUUCUUUCUGUAUUUUGGGUCUCACCACGUAGCUCUGGCUGGUUGGAGCUCUCAGUGUAGACCAGGCUGGCCUGGAACUCACAGAGAUUGGCCUGCGCCCCACCCCCACCCAUGCUGGGAGUAAUGGAAUGUGCUCCCACACCUGGUAAUAAAGUGGGAUUUUUUUUUUGUUUUCUUUUGUUUUAUUUUUGAGACAGUGUUUCUCUGUGUAGCCCUGGCUGUUCUUUAGACCAGGCUGAAUCUCUGUAGACAGAGAUCCACCUGUCUCUGCCUCCCAAGUGUGGGGAUUAAAGGCAUGCACCACCACCACCCGGCUAUAAUGUGUAUUUUCAUUCAGAAGAACACAUAGUUUUCCAUUUCCCAUGAAGAUCAUGGCUCUCAUGUUUAACAUAGCCAUUGAAAUAUCCAUUUCAAAACUCUCUUGUUUUUAAAAGAUCUGUGAUAACUAAAUUCUUAAGUUUCUUGUUCAUGUAAGUCCUCUGCUCUUCAUUGUAAGGGUUUCUUAAGUCCAGUGCACUUUUGAAGUCUUCUUUUGUCUAUGUUUGAUCUGAAGAAUGAUGUGUUGUACAUAUUGUUUCAACUCAGUAACUUCCUUAGUUGUCCCUUUGGUCUCCAGCCAGAUUUGCACUGAUUGUCCCAGUCUGUUCAGCUUUCUGCCUUGCUCUGUUAGCACAGCCUUUAACCUGGAACAUUCAAGGCAAGCUUGUGAGGGCUUCAACCGCUGGUCAUUCCUGUGAUUCUUGCGACUGUUUGAAAUGUUUUAUUAUAAAUUUUAUUUAUUAUGUUUAUGGUGGUGUGUGUGUGUGUGUACAUGUGCCAAGGUGUACAUGUAGAGGUCAGAGAACACCUUGCAGAAGUUAGUUCUCUUCUUAUGCCUUGUUCAAUUCUGUGGACUGAACUGGAGUCCUCAGACUUGUGCAGGGAGUAUUUUAUCACUGAGCCAUCUCACCAGCCCUCAGAUUCUCUUUUCUAUCUUAAUUCCGUAGGCAGUGUCCUCAGAGAGACUCCGCCUCUUCAUGCUAUAGCUCUUUCGCCCUGGCCACUAGGUUUAAGUUUUUCAUUUUCUCCCUUCUUUUUUCAAAAGCUGUGUUUUGUUAAUGCAUAUUAGUUACAUAUGUCAAUGGGUUUCAUUAUGACAUGUUCAUACACAUGUAUAAUACAUUCCAUCAUCUUCACCCCCUGUGGCCCUCUCUCCUUCAGUCUUUUUGUUGUUGAUGAUGACGACCCAAGGAGUUUUCAUUGUGGUUGCAUGUAGGGAAUAGGUGAGGGGUUAUUUACAGGAACAUAGCACAUUACCAGUGCCUGCAACCCUGAAGGAAAGUCUCCCUCCCUCAUCAGCCACUAGAUAGAUGUUCAGGGCAGGGUGUAACCUCUUGAGCCCCUCCCCCUCCACAAUGGGAUGUGGAUAGGCCUGACCUUGUAGAGACCAUGUGCAGAAUCACGGUGUGGUAUCUGUGUCGAACACAUCACCACUUCUCGCGUUAUUUCCACCCCCUGCUCUUCAGUAUUCUCUGAGCCUCAGAGUGGGUAGUGCAGGUGUCCCUUACGCAGAGCACCCAGGAGUCAUGUCUCCUCCUUACUGUGACCCUCAUGAGCUCCAAGGUCACUUCUGCCCACUACAGAAAUGAGUUUCUCUGACCAAAGCUGGCGGGAAGCCCUCACCCACGAGCACAAUAACAGUUUGCUGGCUUUUCAUUUUAGUGGAAACCCGCAGUUGCAAAGUUCUGUCUCCACCCCGUGUGGCCUGUGAGCCUCAUGGUUUUACAUUUGCUAGUCUUGACUUCCCCGAUCUUACUUCCCACUUUUUUCUUCAAAGGAGUUCACUGUGCCUGUUUUCAGUUUCUGUUUGCCUUUCGUUGGAUUAAAGCCUAUAGAAACCUCAUGAAUUUUCAUGUUGUCCUUGCACAGGGGCCAUGCUCUUCUCUGUCUGUGCUGCUGUUAAUACACAUGCUGCAGAAGUGAGCACACGCCACAGAAAUUUAAAUAUUCUCUUGAGCCUGUAGAAUAAGUCACUUAAAACAUAGAGUUUUAUUUAACUUUGAAAGCUUGUAUCUGUCAGAAAUUUGUAGGAACUUGAAUGAAAAUCUUUCAGCUAUUUUUCCAGUUCUAGUGGGAAAUUUACAUUAAUGUGAUGGAUAUUUAUGUGAACCAAACCUACUUAAAUCCCAUCCUUAAAGGGAUAGAGAAGAUAGGUCGUGUUGAGAGACAAUAACACAGCAGAGUCACACAUGGCUCGGACAGUAUUGUUUCCGAUUCAUUGCUGCAUCCCAUCAUUUUUAUGACACUUAUGGGUUAGAUUAAACAGAACUUGGAAUUAGCUGUGGGUGUGGCUGACUGGUCUCUUAAGCUACAUAUAAAGUAUAUAAGCAAAGACUGAAUCAUUAACGAUGCCCGAAUUGUGGAAGGAAAUAAUUGGUGGCUUUGAAUUUAACUUCAUGUGUAUUUAGGUGGCUUGAGCUGAAAGAUUUUUUGUGUGCUUGCUACUCAGGCUAUGGUACAAAGCCCAAUAUUUUCUGCCUUAUAGAUACAUGAAGUUUCCCAGUUUCAUUUGCUUGCUUUCGUCUUUACCCAGUAGCUCUUCACCUUUGCAUAUUAACUGGGAGGUUUGGGAAUGGUAGUUACACUAUGAGUAAUUGACGUUUUAUCUCCUUACACACAGAGAAGCAUGCACUCACGCUCAUCCACACAUGUUGGGAGGAAAGAAAACAGCACUUUCCCUCCUUUCCAUUCCCUUCUUCCUGAAUACGCUAACAUUAGUUAGUUAUCUUGAAGUCUUAGUUUUUUUUUUUUUUUUUUUUUUUUUUUUUUUUUUUUUUUUUUUUUUUUUUUUUUUUUUUUUUUUUUUUUUUUUACCAAAUAGGCUAACUGAACACUGAGGAAUCUCAAGUUUCCCGUCUAAUAAGCGAAAACAACAUUUUGAGACCUGAUUGCAUCUGAGUGCACGAUCAUUUCAUAGCCACUACAUGCUUAUUCAUGAUUGUCAAGAAUUGAUAAGGAAAAUUUUUACAGAUAGGAUGUCUGUGUGUGCGCGCGUGCCCAUGUGCACGGGCCUGUGAAAGCACUCUGUUUUGUUCAGCUCAGGUGUCCCCAAGAACAGGACUGUGGGAUGCUAGCCCUUGACUUCAAAUGCACUUUUAUGCUGAUUUUUUUCUGGCUGUUCAAACUUUUACACUGAUAUGUAAAGUAAGUGAGUUUUCACUCUCCUUAUCUUUAUUAGUAACAUUGGAAUGCACCUAUUUCACACGUGCUACACUUGUUACUGUGCUCUGAGAUGUUCAAUUUUAAAAACUCCCACUUUUUAAAGCGGUGAAAUGAUGACUGGUGGACCAGAGGGCCUCACGAGCGAUCAUCCUUCAGUUAGGCAAGUAUUAUAGCAAAGGACCAAGUGGUUUAAAGAGAAAUGAGUGUCUUUGCUUAGCUUCCCCACUCGACGCUUGAGCUUAGUUCUGGAUGUCUUACCAUCCGUCUUUUUAUUGAGUGAGGCAAACUGAAAGGAAACCCAUAGCAUUUUUUAUUAUCUACAAGAAAGUGUAUGAAGAUGAACAUCCUGAAUUUUAAUCCACGAGAUAGCUAAAAACUUUUGUCUGCUAGCCAUGUCAGAAUAGGAGGAAUCUUUAAAAUUCUCUGUAAACCAAUGAAAAUAAAAGAAAAACUUGACAAUAACCUCUACAUUUUGUUUUUCUGUAAAUUCAGUUUUCCACUACAAGUAAGUAGAAGUCAGGCAUGGUAGCUCAUGCUUGUAGUCCCAAUACUUAAACCACCAAGUGAGGCAGGGGAUUUAUGGAUUUGAGGCUAGCCUGGGUAUCUUGUAUAACUGUUUCAACUACAAUAAGAAACAAAAAUAAAAGCAGAAAGAACCAGGUUAUUUAAGCAAUUCUUGCACAACCUUUAAUAAUCUGGUCGGCUUCACAAUCCUGAAGCCAGGUUCCCUGUUUGGUUUCACUUCUAUAAAACAGAUACUUUCAUAUAAAUGGAAACAUUUUUUCCUCAAAGCAAUGAUUCAAAACAUGCUCCUUAUAUUAAGGAUUAUGUAACCACAUUUUUGUAAAUGCCUGCUGUGUAACUUUUUCCUAUUACGUGAUUCUUUUUCAAUUAAUUUGAUCUUCUGCUGGUAUAGGGGCCAAUAGAUCUGUGAAUAUUCUGUGGGUGUGUCCAUGUAUACGUGUAUAUAUAAUGUAUAUAUUUUCCAGCUAAUACCUCAGAUGUGUGAUUGUUUAAUAAAUCCCAUACUGUUUGCGCAGAGCAGGGCUUCCAUUAGCAGUAGGUAUUCUUAUUUCAAAAUGUGACCAUUAGUGAAGAGGAUUUCAGUGAUGUGAAACCUUUCAGUUGAUGUCCAUGUUUUAAUGCAGAUUCCCAGUUUAAGGCCCAUGAGUCAAGUAAAAUUGUAUCUUUUUGAGUCCGGUAACCCAGAAGUGGUCCUUGAAAUGUCCUGGUUUAGAAGUUAUUAAAACUCGGGGUGACUGCUUGCUGAAAUGUCUAGAAACUGCAGAGAGGCAACAGACACCUGAUGUAAGUGCCAGCAAGAUUCCGCUUAGCCCUCCAGUGGUACUGUGAACACUGGAAGGGACUUUUGAGUGAUAUUACAUAGCAUUUUCACAUUACCUUCAGAAUGAAUUGGUAUUUAUAAUUUAUUUAUACUAAAAACUGCUUUAUUUUUGGUCUUUAGGUUGCUGUGUGAAACUUUCUAUUUAAAGUUCUUGUUCAUUUGUGUGUUUGUUUGUUUUUUAAGCUGCAGGUCAUUUCCAGGGUGUGGUAUAGAUUUUCAAGGUCUGGUGAGAUUUGAAUGGAAGCCUUGUAUUAGGAAAAUGAAGUACUAUUGAUAAAGGAGAUCUUCACAGUGCAUUCAAGAUCACAUAAUUAGGUUUAAAAAUGAAAGGUCUGAUUUGUAAAAAUUUAAUGUUAUAUCAGACUUAUCUAAGAUUUCCUGUGAGAACUUAAGAUGCUUUUGAUUUUUAAUGAAUGUUGUAAUGAAUGAUUUAUGAAUUUUUGUCUUUCAGUCUGUAAUUUAUCUCAACAUAUUAAUAAAAAGAAGGGAUGUUCUCACCAUAA